AUGGGGGAGCCCGCGCGCGUGGGCACUCAUCUCGGGAGCUGGAGCCGGCAGAGGGCGCUCCAGGCUCGCCGGACACCUGAGCUCCGGCCCCUGCGGCGGCGCCACGGGUGGGGUGGGGGGACCUUCGGGAGGGCAGCCCCCAGGGAUGCCCCCCACGCCACCCCCCGCAGCCAGACCCCCACCAACCCCGCGCCUACUGGGCAGCGCAACACCCCCCCCAUGCGGCCGGGCCGGGGUCCAGCCGCCAGGCCUCGCGCUCCCGCGGACAGCCCCCUGCCGCCGCGCCUGGCCGCGGGAUCCGCGGACCCCGGCCCCGGCCCCGCCUCGCCGCGCGGGGGCACCGCCGUCAUCCUGGACAUUUUCCGCCGAGCAGACAAAAAUGAUGAUGGGAAGUUGUCUCUGGAGGAAUUCCAGCUCUUCUUUGCAGAUGGCGUCCUCAAUGAGAAGGAACUGGAGGAUCUCUUCCACGCCAUCGACUCUGACAACACCAACCAUGUGGACACCAAGGAGCUGUGUGAUUACUUUGUGGACCACAUGGGGGACUAUGAGGACGUCUUGGCCUCCCUGGAGACCUUGAAUCACUCUGUCCUGAAGGCCAUGGGCUACACCAAGAAGGUGUACGAGGGCGGGAGCAACGUGGACCAGUUUGUGACGCGCUUCCUCCUGAAGGAGACGGCCAAUCAGAUCCACUCGCUGCUGAGCUCCGUGGAGAGCGCAGUGGAGGCCAUCGAAGAGCAGACCAGCCAGAUCCGACAGAACCACAGCGAACCCAGCCACGGCGUGGUGGAGACCUGGUGUGGAAGCCUCACUCCCCCCUACGCCCCCAACCACAAGCUCAUGGCCACGGAACAAGGGAAGAGUCCUCCAUCUGUCACCGCGGACCCCAAGGAGGAGGGCCUGGAAGCCCAGAUCAGCCGAUUGGCAGAGCUCAUAGGCCGGCUGGAGAACAAGACCCUCUGGUUUGACCUGCAGCAGCGCCUCUCGGAUGAAGAAGGCACCAAUAUGCAUCUGCAGCUGGUCCGGCAGGAGAUGGCCGUGUGCCCCGAGCAGCUGAGCGAGUUCCUGGACUCCCUGCGACAGUACCUGCGGGGUACCGCCGGGGCCAAGAACUGCUUCCACAUCGCCGCCGUGAGGCUGUCGGACGGCUUCACCUUCGUGGUCUACGAGUUCUGGGAGACGGAGGAGGAGUGGAAGAGGCAUCUGCAGAGCCCUGUGUGCAAGGCGUUCCGGCACGUCAAGGUGGACACGCUGAGCCAGCCCGAGGCCCUCUCCAGGAUCUCCGUGCCAGCUGCUUGGUGCACUGUGGGCCGCGACUGACCGCCUCCCCGAGGACUGCGGCUAAGCCUGCUGCCCUGACCCUCUUACAAAGGAUGUCCCCUCUUUUCUAGAAACUUUGGUAUACGAGCUGUCUUUUCAAUAUACUUUCAAACAAGAAUGUAUUUCCCCGCUCUCGGAAGUGAAGGAGAACCCUUCCCCAGC